CAACCGCAGUCAAAAGAGUAAGACAAACAUCAUUAUCGCACGCGCUUGCUUUUCAGCUCUCUCUCUCUCUCUCUGUCGCUCGAAGACCGGUCAUCAUUGUCAUAAUUCUGCCUUCGCCGGAAACCAGAAUCUUGUGCCCUUUUAAAAACUUCAUAGAAGCCUCCCUCAAUUAUAUCUCUGGUGGUCUCCUGUCACUGAUCCAAUCACGAUGAGUACCGGUGAACUUCUCAGCAUCGAGCCUCAAGAGCUCCAAUUUCCCUUUGAAUUGCGAAAGCAGAUCUCAUGUUCUCUAAACUUAUCCAACAAGACCGACAAUUAUGUGGCUUUUAAGGUGAAAACGACAAAUCCAAAGAAGUACUGUGUAAGGCCUAACACUGGAGUUGUAUUACCUAGGUCUACGUGCAACGUUAUUGUUAUAAUGCAAGCUCAAAAGGAAGCACCUCCUGAUAUGCAAUGCAAUGAUAAAUUUUUACUUCAGAGUGUGGUUGCUAGUCCUGGAGCUACAGCAAAGGAUAUAACUUCAGAGAUGUUUAACAAAGAAUCCGAACAUCAUGUUGAGGAGUGCAAGUUGAGGGUUAUUUAUGUUGCCGCUCCUAGGCCGCCUUCCCCUGUUCGGGAAGGAUCUGAGGAAGGCUUGUCACCUAGGGCUUCUGUCUCGGACAAUGGUAGCUUGAAUGCUGCAGAAUCUGUGUCAAGAACUCGUCUUGAGCAGCAUAAACAUCAAGACAACUCAGAUGAUAUUGUGGCAAUACUUCUAAUUGCAGGCAAAGUCUCUCAUUUUCAAGCUGACUGAGGAGAAAAACUCUGCCAUUCAGCAAAAUAAGAGGCUGCAGCAAGAACUGGACCUCUUGAGACGUGAAUCCAAAAGAGGUAAUGGUGGUAUUCCAUUCAUGUAUGUAAUUCUUGUUGGCUUGGUUGGCUUGGUUGGCAUCAUUUUGGGGUACAUCUUGAAAACAACAUGACCGCCAAGUUUAUCCUUUCCUCCUUUGACACAUCUCGCGACUGCUAGAAAAAUGAAAUGAAGAAAAGUGGAUAAACAAAUGUAUAUUGAUGGGUUGUAUGUAGCUCUUGUUAAAUAUAUUACUUACUGGUCUUCAUGAAUGCACAAAAAACAAAGCCAAUGUGUGACGGGUAAGAAGCAACUAUGGUUCAUUGUAUUACCGUGCAUUGACAGUACAACUUUCAAGUGACAACCAUUGGAAUGGAUUUCAUUAUUGCUGUGAACAA